AUGCCGUCAUACAGACUCGUAGCAGUUACCCUGACGGCGCUUGCAGCCGCGGUCACGGCCUCGCCGGCCCUGCACGAGGAGCACCGCCGGCAGCUAGGCGGCAACGCCGAGUUCGACUAUGUGAUCGUCGGCGGCGGCACCGCGGGCUUGGUCCUCGCGAACCGUCUCAGCGCCGACAAGAGCAUCAGCGUGGCCGUCGUGGAGGCCGGCGCCUACUACCAGGUGACGCAGCCGCUGAUUGCCUCGACGCCUGCGGGCGACACCUUGUUCGUCGGCUCGGACCCCAAGGACUCGAACCCGCUCGUCGACUGGGACUUUGUGACGGAGCCCCAGGCCGGCGCGAAUGGGAGGCGGGUCCACUAUGCGAGGGGCAAGUGCUUUGGUGGCAGCUCGGCGAGGAACUUUAUGAUCUACCAGCGCGGAUCUAAGCAGUCGUACCAGAAGUGGGCGAGCGCUGUCGGUGAUGAUAGCUAUACCUGGGAUGCGUUACUUCCACACUUCAAGAGAUCGGUGGCAUUCACCCCUCCCGGCGCAAGCAGAUUCCCCAACGCCAGUGCCGAAUACAAUGCUCAAGCUUUUUCAUCAUCUGGUGGCCCUCUACGCGUGACCAGUGCAAACUAUGCCCAGCCCUUUAGCACUUGGAUGGAGCCGGCCCUGAACGAGAUUGGCAUCAAGUCCACCCAGGACUUCAACAGCGGCGAGCUGAUGGGAGCCCAGUACUGCUCCAGCACCAUCAACGCUGCCAAGCAGACUCGCGAAUCCAGCCAGACCUCGUACCUGGACGAGGCUGCUAGCAGAUCCAACCUCAAGGUCUAUUCGAUGACCAAAGCCCGCAAGGUCAUUUUCGACUCCUCCAAGAAGGCCACGGGCGUCGAGGUGCAAUCUCAGGUCGCCAAUGCCCUUGGAAUGGGCAGCCUGACCAAAUACACCCUGUCAGCGCGCAAAGAGGUCAUUCUCUCGGCGGGGGCCUUUCAGAGUCCCCAGCUGCUCAUGCUCUCCGGUGUUGGUCCGCGAGAUCAGCUGGAGAAGUUCAACAUCCCAAUCGUUGCGGAGAGGCCUGGUGUCGGACAGGGGAUGGAGGACCACGUCUUCUUUGGCCCAUCGUACCGGGUCAACGUCCAGACUCUGACCCGCCUGUCCAACGACGUCCUAUACACGGGUGCUCAGUUCGCCGGGCCCUACACGAUGCACAAGCAAGGACCGCUGACAAACCCGGUGGCCGACUUUCUCGGCUGGGAAAAGACGCCCAGGAACCUGCUCACCGCCAACGCCACCUCGGUUCUGGACUCCGAGUUCCCAGCCGACUGGCCCGAGAUCGAGUACCUCUCUGCCCCGGGCUACAUCGGCAACUUCAACAACCUGUUCACGGCCCAGCCCAAAGACGGCUAUCAGUACGCAACCAUCCUGGGCGCGCUCGUCGCCCCGCUGUCGAGGGGCACCGUGACGCUCAAGUCGGCCAGCCCCAACGACCUGCCGCUGAUCGACCCGGGCUGGCUGACGGACCCGACGGACCAGAGCGUGGCGGUGGCCGUGUACAAGCGGCUGCGCGCCGCGUUUGCGAGCGACGCCAUGCGCGGCGUCCUGGCCGACCCCGUCGAGUACUUUCCCGGCCCGGCCGUCCAGACCGACGAGCAGCUGCUCCAGACCAUAAGGGACACGGUCAUGACCGUCUGGCACGCCGCCUGCACCUGCCGGAUGGGCAGGCGGGACGACCCCAACGCCGUCGUCGACGGCAGCGCCAGCGUGAUUGGCGUCACGGGCCUGAGGGUCGUCGACGCGAGCAGCUUUGCCCUGCUGCCUCCUGGCCACCCGCAGAGUACCGUCUAUGUGUUGGCCGAGAAGAUUGCGGCUGAGAUUUUGGCGGGCAAGAAGUAG